CCUGCCCCCGAGCGCCGGCGGCCGCGGCCGGGAGUCGGGGGGCGCGUCUGGGAGCGGGCGCCGGGGUCGGAGUCGCGGCCGGCGUGGCGGCAGGUGUGCGGUCGCCGCGGGCGAGAGGCGCGUCUUUCAGAUGAAGAGUUUCCGUGGCUCUUUGAACGCUCCCAAAGUCUGAUGCAGCCCCUUCCUGCCGGGACCCUCAGGAGCGACAGACAUCUGUUGUCCCCAACAAAGACUUGGUGGGUCUGAGUUGAAGAAGCGGAGACACAGGUUUAUUUAAACAGAAGCUUAGAUCCUACGAUUCCCGUCAGGGCCUUCUCCACAAGAAACCUGUCACGACAGUAAAUACCUGCUGAAUAUCCACUAACGUGCCGUGUCAGAUCGAUACAUUCAAAGCCUGCCUUACCUUAUCUGAGACUAUUUACGUGACACAUUCAAUGAGACUCUAAUUACCAUAGUUCUGGAAAAUGCCCCGGGACUGAAUGUGAAGUGUGAUAGUAAGAGGUUUCAUUGGAUCGCAGGAGUAAAAGGGAAGCAAUGCAGAAAUCAGAGUGCCAUGGAGGCGUACAGUUGAGAAACAGAAAGGCAGCUAACGGUGAUCAAAGGACAUCAUCAAGUGUACAUAGGACUACAGUUCAACAAAGCAGCUCCUCAUCAUCGACCAGUUCUCCAGAGACUGCAAGAAAGCUUCAUCCUCGACCAAGUGAUAAACUUAACCCUAAGACGAUUAACCCGUUUGGUGAACAGUCACGAGCUCCUUCUGCAUUUGCAGCCAUUUACUCUAAAGGAGGUAUUCCUUGCAGAUUGGUCCACGGUUCAGUGAAACACAGAUUGCAGUGGGAAUGUCCUCCCGAAAACCUUCCAUUUGAUCCUCUUCUUAUUACUCUAGCUGAGGGUUUGAGAGAGACUAGACACCCAUACACCUUUGUGUCGAAGGAGGGUUUCAGAGAAUUACUGUUGGUGCCAGGAGCUUCUGAGAAAGCUGUACCUUUGCUUCCGAGACUGAUUCCUGUGCUAAAGGCAGCUCUGGUCCACCUGGAUGAUGAAGUGUUUGCAAGAGGACUGAAUGCUCUCGUGCAGCUUAGCGUCGUUGUCGGUCCUUCUCUAAAUGACCAUCUGAAACAUCUGCUUACAAGUCUUUCCAAGAGACUAAGGGAUAAGAAAUUCAAAGAGCCAAUCACCAGUGCAUUACAGCAGCUGGAGCAGCAUGGUGGAAACGGCAGCCUUAUCAUCAUCAAAUCUAAAAUUCCAACGUAUUGCUCCAUAUGCUGUUGAAGAAGGGAGCCCACAAAAAUGUUGUCAGCCCCCCGUGACAGGUGCUAAAUGCCGACCACGAGUACCUUUGGAACCUUUUCAGAUUCACUUCAGUUUAUUCUUUUGUUAAUCACAGCCACCAUUCGUUAUUUACUAGACGAAGAGGAGUAUACACAGUUCCACUGAAUCAUAGUAAAAGUCAUUCAUCAGCAACAAAACAAGAGUGGUCGAUGAUGGAAAGCUAUUAAAAAUGGUUUAUAAUGGUACAAUUUUGCAGGGUUGGUUUUUCAUAUUUUUACAGUUUGAUGCGAACAACCAUUAUUGGGUUUAUAAUAGAAGUGAUUGUAUGCAUUUUCUGAUGCCUUUUAUUUAUAAUAUACCUCUCACAAUUUGUAGCUGUGUGCUUAUUUUUAGACAUUUUGUCAUUUCUUGGGUUUUAUGUUUAUCAAGGCUACGGAAAUGUAAAGUAGUGGACAAACAUUUGUGAAUUCACUGUUAAUUAUCGUCUGUAAAUAUGUAUUUUAUGAUAUAGAAUACUUGGAAAAACUUCAUACCAGAGUAUUCUAGUUUAAGAAAUUUUUCUGAAUGUGUAAAUUCUCUUGUAAGUAUGUUAUUUAUUACAACUCAUUAAAACUACCUAAACUUUAGGUGUUAAUUGUAUUUAAGUAAAUGUUAUUUUUGUAUCCCAUAGUCUGAAAAUACUGAAGAUACUCAUUUCAUGAAGAUAUUCCACAAUUAAAAUCUUAAAACUCUUAAA